GGCGAGCGAGCGGCCGCCCGGGGCCGGGCAUGUGCGGCGGGGCGGCGGGCAGGGCGCCCGGGCAAGGGCGUUUGAAGGAAACGUGAGGCGCGGCGGCGGCGGCGGCGGCAUGGACGCGGCGCCGGGCCGGAGCCCCGAGCCCCGGGAGAAGCCGCCGGUGCCGGACGGGGAAGCGGCGGCGGCCGCUCGGGGGGCGGCGGGCGCGGCCCCGGCCUCGCCGGCGGCGGCGGAGCAGAUCGUGGCGGAGGGCGAGGCGGCGGCGGCGGCGGCGGCGGGCACGUUCGUGCAGCGGCAGCUCGGGGCCAUGCUGCAGCCCGCCGUGAACAAGUUCUCGCUGCGCAUGUUCGGCAGCCACCGGGCCGUGGAGAUCGAGCGGCAGCGGGUGAAGUCGGCCGGCGCCUGGAUCAUCCACCCCUACAGCGACUUCAGGUUCUACUGGGACCUCAUCAUGCUGCUCCUGAUGGUGGGGAAUUUGAUCAUCCUGCCUGUGGGCAUCACCUUCUUUAAGGACGAGAACACCCCUCCCUGGAUCGUUUUCAACGUGCUUUCAGACACCUUCUUCCUGGCUGACCUGGUCCUGAACUUCCGGACAGGCAUCGUGGUGGAGGACAACACGGAGAUCAUCCUCGACCCUCACACCAUCAAAAUGAAGUACCUGAAGAGCUGGUUCCUGGUUGACUUCAUCUCCUCCAUCCCGGUUGACUACAUCUUCCUCAUCGUUGACCUCGAGACCCAGGUGGAUUCGGACGUCUACAAGACAGCGCGGGCCCUGCGCAUCGUCCGCUUCACCAAGAUCCUCAGCCUGCUGCGCCUGCUGCGCCUCUCACGCCUCAUCCGCUACAUCCACCAGUGGGAGGAGAUCUUCCAUAUGACUUACGACCUGGCGAGUGCUGUGGUGAGGAUCUUCAACCUCAUCGGCAUGAUGCUGCUGCUGUGUCACUGGGAUGGGUGCCUCCAGUUCCUGGUGCCAAUGUUGCAAGACUUCCCGGAGGACUGCUGGGUCUCCAUCAACCACAUGGUGAACGACUCCUGGGGGAAGCAGUACUCGCACGCCCUGUUCAAGGCCAUGAGCCACAUGCUGUGCAUUGGCUAUGGCCAGCAGGCGCCCGAGGGUAUGACCGACGUCUGGCUCACGAUGCUGAGCAUGAUCGUGGGAGCCACCUGCUACGCCAUGUUCAUCGGCCACGCCACCGCGCUCAUCCAGUCGCUGGACUCAUCCCGGCGCCAGUACCAGGAGAAGUACAAGCAAGUGGAGCAGUACAUGUCAUUCCACAAGCUGCCUGGGGACACGCGCCAGCGCAUCCACGAGUAUUACGAGCACCGCUACCAGGGCAAGAUGUUUGAUGAGGAGAACAUCCUGGGGGAGCUCAGUGAGCCACUCAAGGAGGAGAUCAUCAACUUCAACUGCCGCAACCUGGUGGCCAACAUGCCCCUGUUCGCCAACGCGGACCCCAACUUCGUGACAGCCAUGCUAACCAAGCUGCGCUUCGAGGUCUUCCAGCCUGGAGACUUCAUCAUCCGCGAGGGCACUGUGGGCAAAAAGAUGUACUUCAUCCAGCACGGGGUGGUCAGCAUCCUCACCAAGGGCAACAAGGAGACAAAGCUGUCUGAUGGCUCCUACUUUGGGGAAAUCUGCCUGCUGACACGGGGCAGGCGGACGGCCAGCGUGCGAGCUGACACUUACUGCCGCCUCUACUCCCUGUCGGUGGAUAAUUUCAAUGAGGUGCUGGAGGAGUACCCCAUGAUGCGCAGGGCCUUCGAGACGGUGGCUAUGGACCGUCUGGAUCGCAUAGGGAAGAAGAACUCCAUCUUGCUCCGCAAGCGAGCCGAGCACAGCUCAGGGCCCAUGAACAACGAGAUGAUCCAGCAGAUCGUGAAGCACGACCAGGAUGUGGCCCACAACAUCCAGGAGCUGCAGCAGAUGACGAUGGGCCGGGAGCUGAGCGGCAAGCCGGUGAUCUGGGAGCCGCUGGUGCAUGCACCCCUGCAGACAGCCGCUGCCACCACCAACGUGGCCAUUGCCUUGACUCACCAACACAGCCUGCAGGCCCACAUCUUCCUGCCGCCCUCCUCCAUCUCCAGCCCGCUGUCACCUGAGGCCACCCUGCUGACGAAGCAGGUGCGCAGGUCCCAGCCCAGCCUGGGGGGCUCCCGGCCCUCCUCGGUCAGCUCCCCAUCGGGGGCGCAGUCCCACCUGCAGACACCGGCCGCUGGUUCGCCUUCCUCCCCGAUGGUCCAGUCCCAGGCACCCCUGGAAAGCGGGGGCCAGCGACCAAGCCACGGGGGGCAGCCCUUGCCGCGCGCAGCGCAGAAGGGAGAGCUGCCGCCAGCGGCCAAGCAGCCCCCGGCAGGAUCCCAGCCCCAGCUCUCCAAGUCCCGGGGCACCUCGGUUUCCACUUCUCUGCUGCAGCAGGCGGCGGGGGCUCCGUCCCCCAGCUCGGAGCAGGCGCUGCCGGCGGGGAGAACUCUCCACUACAGCCUGUCCCGGGCCACCGGCUCCCACAUCUCGCUUCUGAUGCAGCCGCAGCAGCUGGUGAAGCACAGGAGCAUCCAGGGCCUGCCCGUGGGGCGGCUCACCCAGGAUGUCCGUCUGCUCUCGGCCUCCCAGCCCUCCUUGCCCAACAAGGUUGCUCAGCAAGCAGACGGGAGCUCCCUGCAGCAGGGGAGGAAAUCCGUGGGGAACCUGGCCCGCAGAUCCUCUCCCUCGGUAGCCGGACUCCUCGCCAAGCCAUGUCCGGGGAUCGCAGGCCAGCCAGCACACCCGCAGCAGAUGCCUUCAGGAUCGCUGGCUCAAGCGAGCCGCUCCGUGGCAGGAGCGUCCACCCCGAAGUCCCCAGUCUCUGCACCCAGGCAGGCGGCAGCUCCCUCCCGCAAGGGCUCCGUGGCCUUCAGCCCUGAGGUGGAAACGGGGAAGCCCAAGCUCCCAUCCAACAUGUGAGCCCCCGGCGGCACCCGUGCACGGGUAAGAGAGAGACAGGCACCGAGGUGGCACCUGCGGGAGGAGAGCGGAGGCAGCAGGAGAGGCAGAGCACCUUGUGGAGGCCUGGCUCUGUCCGAGGGGAGGCGAGGUGAGAGGCAGGGCACGGGGACACGCACCGGCCAUGCUGGGUGCGGGGGACGCAGCAGGGGUGGGCUUGGAGCAGCCCCAGGAGCUGGCCUGGCAGGACGAGGAGGGGGCUCUCCGAGGACCAUGCCAUUGCUCUCCCCACCCGCUCCAUCACCGUUUCUAUCCUGCCACCUACCCUCCUUCUGGAGGCAGCAGGCAAAGUUGGAGCCCUUGCCCCAAAUCCAGGCCUCCCAGGGGAGCCCAGCUCCCCACAGCUACUCCUUCGGGGCUGGGCCCCUCUCUGCUCUGCCCUCGCUCCCUGCAGCCUCUCCUCGGGGCCAGGGCGAUGCUGGCAGGCUCUGCUGGGCUCGUCCUCCCACAACAGUACCCGCAGCAUCCCCACACCAUCCCCAGAGAGGUCUGCCCAGCACUUUGGCUUUUUGGAAGAGGAGAGAGAGCCAGCACCCCACUGGUGCUGAGGGCAGAGGGGGCUGGAGCCCACUGUGGGGUCUCACUGGGCAGGCAGAGCGCAGGUACCAGGGGCCAGGUCCCCUCUCCCCGAGGUGCCAGCAGCCACGCUCGGGGCUCAGUGCUGGGCCCUGGUGCUGCUGGAGCCCUGUGCCAGCCAGGCCAGCCCUGGCGUGCCAAGUGCCAAAGGCAGGGGCAGACAGCUCUGCCUCCACAGCAUCCCCCGGGGUGCCUCUGCCUGGCUUUGCAGGCCUCACCUCUGAGGUGCUGCAAGGCCUUUGCGGAGUGCUUGGCCCUGCCAAAGCUCCGCUGGCAGCUCACCGGGGCUGGGAUGUGCCUGGCAGGGCUCUGCCCCAUGCCUGGGCACUGAGCCCAGGCCCUUGGCCAUGCUCCCGUGUGGAAACAGUGCGGGGGCAAUCCAGCUGCCUGCAGCUCCAGGGGGGAUGCGUGGGCCGGGCUUCGGUCCCCUCCUGCCCCGUGCUGCUGUCCCCUUUAUGGACCACCUGGAGAGGCUGAUCCCCAGCGCUGCAGCGAGCAGAAGGCGGGCUUGAGGAGACACCAACCCCGGGCAGCGCCUGGGCGGCGUGUGGGGCUGCGGGGCUGCCUCCCCUCGCCCUUCCCGCACAGAAGGGCAGGGGCUUGGGGGCUCCGCAGCCAACCCCAACUGCCCCUCCGGAGCCAGUAGUCAUCCGUGUGUGUUCGAGUCGUGGCUCUGCCGAGCAGCUGAGCUCUGCUUACAGUGUUGCUUUGGGCUCAACCGCGUUACCAGUCCUGGUUAGAGUAGUGUUCCCUCCCGACCCCGCUGCGCUGCGCGAGCUGCUUUCCACUACUAGAGUCAGGACCCACGGCUUGUAGUCGCGCUCUGGGGCUUGGCUGCCGCUGAGCGGGGCCCGUGGGACCCGGCGGCCCUGGCACACCCGGCCCCAGCCGCCUGGCGCAGCGGGCGAGGGUUUUGUUUCACGCAGUACUUCUUGAAGUGAGUCCUUCAGUUCUCCCCCCUCGUGUUUUGGGAUAUUGGGACCAGUUUGAACCACUUGGCUGCUCCAGGAGCCGAGCCCUCAGGGCGCAGCAGCCCGGUGGGAAUCCAUUAGCGUGUCCGUCGGAGGGGAUGUCCAGCACUGCCUUUUUUUUCAUGGACUUGAACUCCCCUUCCCCACCCAGCUCCCGCGUCCCGCUCCAUCCCCAUGGUCGGUGUCUCCCCGGCAGCCCCUCAGGAAGGGGUCUGCGGCCGGGCCGCGCAGUCAGACAUCCCCCAGGCCGUGUUUACACCCCGUGAUGUAGAUGUCUUAGUGGUCAUCAUAGGUGUUCCUCACAGAGCGCGUGGGCCAGGCUGGGUGGCACCGAGCGCGGCACCAUUUCUGCCAGCCGUGCUGCCGGGUCACCCCUCCCCGCGGCCGCAGACCCGCGCCAGGAGCUGGAGCCACCCCGCGCUCCAGUCACCGCUGCGGCCGGCUCCACCGUGGCGACCAGCGCCUGCUGCGAGCUGCGGCAGCUCCUGUCCCCGGAGGUCAGGACCCCGGUGUCCCGUCCCCGAGGGGAGGCAGGAGGGGGGCGGCUGGGGGUUUAGGGCCAGGGCCGGGGGUGCCGGCCACGUGCGCGUCUCUGUGGCGUGAGUGGGCGCGAGUCUCGUCACCAAAGACCAUGCUCCUUCACUCUUGCACUCACGGCAGUCGAUGUACAGAGCUUGUAGUUUUCAUAUUGCAGAGAAUUUAAAAGCGUUUUUUUUUUUUUUAAUUUAUUUAUUAUUAUUUAUUUUUUGGUCGUUGUACAUAAUGGGUUUAAAUAAUAAAGAGAGAUUCUGAGCUG